GCGGCGCGGGGCGGCGGCGUGCAGCGCCGAGCACCGGCGGCAGCGGGCAGGGGGGUGCCGGGCCCCCGCCCCCAGGGCAGCGGGGCCGGGAGGAGGCGCGGAGGGGCAGGGACAGGCUCGCGGCCCCCCGGGGGAGGUGGGGCCGGGGCAGGUGCCAGGGGAGGCAGGAAGGGGCGGGCGGGCCGGAGGCAGCGGCGGAGGCAGAGCCGUGCUGGAGAGCGCCCGGCGCCGCCAAGUCCGGCCGCGUCCCGGAGCAGCGUCCCGGAGCGGAGCCCCGGCGCCCGGCCGCGUCCCGCAGCAGAAGCCCCGGCGCAAAGUCCCGGGCGCCCCUCGGAGCGGAGCCCCGGCGCCCGGCCGCCUCCCGCAGCGGAAGCCCCGGCGCAAAGUCCCGGGCGCCCCUCGGAGCGGAGCCCCGGCGCCCCGUCGCGGCGGCCGCGUCCCGCGGCGGAGGCAGGUCCCGGCGGCGGCGGCCGGAGGCUGGCGGUGAGCUGCGGGGCCCGGCGGCCCCUCCAUGGACUGAGAUGGCCUCGGAGCUGGCCAUGAGCGCCGAGCUGCCCACCAGCCCGCUGGCCAUCGAGUACGUGAACGACUUCGACCUCAUGAAGUUCGAGGUGAAGAAGGAGCCGGCCGAGGCGGAGCGGCUCUGCCACCGCCUGCCCGCCGGCUCGCUCUCCUCCACGCCGCUCAGCACCCCCUGCUCCUCGGUGCCUUCCUCGCCCAGCUUCUGCGCGCCCAGCCCCGGCGGGCAGCCCGCCGGCGGCCCCGGCGCCGCGCCGCUCGGCUCCAAGCCGCAGCUGGAGGAGCUCUACUGGAUGUCGGGCUACCAGCACCACCUCAACCCCGAGGCGCUCAACCUGACGCCGGAGGACGCCGUGGAGGCGCUCAUCGGCGCCCCGCACCACCACCACCACCACCACCACCAGGGCUACGAGUCGUUCCGGCCUCAGCCCUUCGGCGGCGAGGAGCUGCCGCCCGCCGCCGGCCACCACCACGCCGCCCACCACCACCACCACCACCUGCGCCUGGAGGACCGCUUCUCCGACGACCAGCUGGUGAGUAUGUCGGUGCGGGAGCUCAACCGGCAGCUGCGGGGCUUCAGCAAGGAGGAGGUGAUCCGCCUCAAGCAGAAGAGGAGGACCUUGAAGAACCGCGGCUACGCGCAGUCCUGCCGCUACAAGCGCGUCCAGCAGCGGCACAUCCUGGAGAACGAGAAGUGCCAGCUCCAGGGCCAGGUGGAGCAGCUCAAACAGGAGGUCUCCCGGCUGGCCAAGGAGCGGGAUCUGUACAAAGAGAAGUACGAGAAGCUGGCGGCGGCCCGCGCCUUCCCGCGGCCGCCCUCGCCGCCCGCCGCCCCCAAGGCGCCCGCCGACUUCUUCCUCUGAGCCGGCCCCGCUCGCCCGCAGCAGCACCGGGAGGAUUACCCACUCUUACUACUAUUAUUAUUAAUUUUUUCCCCCCCAAAAAAAGAGAUUUGGAGCGGGCCGCUGGAGGAGGCGGCUCCCCCGCGGGCCGCGGACUGGAGCGUGGGAGCCGCCGGGGCCGGGGCCAGCCUGCAUGCGGGACGUGUACGGCGCCGCGGGGGCCGGCGGCUCGGCUUUCCCCUCCUCCCUCUCCCUUUUUCCCCUUUAUUUCCCCUUUUUCCCCUUGUUUCCCCCCUUGUUUUCCCCUUUUCCCCCCUUCUCCCCCUUCCCGGGUGUGUUUCGCGGCGGGAGCGCGGCUCCGCCGUCCUUCCCCCCGCUCCCUCCAUCCCCCUCUCCUCCCCCUUUCAUUUUAUUUUAUUUUUUCUCACUUCAUUGUGUCGUUUUUCCUCCUCCGGGGCUCCCGGCGCCCAGGCCGGGCAGGGGCGGCCGGGGGGGCGGCGGCAGCGCUGCUCCCUGCCCGCCCGCAGCCCCGGGGCGGCGAACCUGAGCCACACUUUAACUUAUUCACCCCUGUACAUAGGUAGCAUUUAGUUAGUUUUCUGCCUUUUUUUUUUUUUUUCCUGAGCCUAUAUUUUGCUUGGUGAUUUACGGAGAAAAAAAAAAAAAAACAAAAACCCUUUAAAAAAAAAAAAACACGAGUCUUAAAGUUUGUAUGUAAUAGCAUGCAAAUAAUAUCCGAGUUAAUUUAACGAUGUUGGGAAGAAGCCGAAUGCACUAUAUACAGGAAUCAAUUGGGUUAAAUACUACUGUUGUUUUAUAGAGAUUUAAAAUUAUCUAUGCUCUUAAAAAUAGUGGGGGGGGGGGGGGAGAGGUAACAAUUCUAGGGCGACCUGAAAGGCAAUAUAGUAAUAUAUGGACUGCAAAAACGGUUGGCUGCUAUCUCACUAUGCACCAGAUUUAUUUAUUAACCCUCGGGAAACGAAAUAUUAUUUUAACCUCGAUGUCGAAGGAAGGAGAGGAAAGAAAAUGCACAUUACUUCUUGCGCAAAAAAAAAGCAAUUCGUGCAAUCGUGCGUGGAGCGAAAGUGGGGCCGAUCCUGUGCAGAGGAGCGGGGUUUUUUUAAACAAGUUGUUUCUUUAAAAAAAAAAAGGAAAAAAACUAUCUUGGGGAAAACACAAGGGUCUUGCGAACAAAGCGAGCUCGGGAGCCUGGUGCAUUUUAGGUACUGAUCGUGCAAAGCGUUUUUAACGACCUGUUGUUUCGAUUUGUGACGGUUUUAACAAUGUUGCAUCAAGAUAAAAACUUAUAUUCAACUAGA